AUGGAAGCCCGGGGGCGCGCGCGGUGCGGGCGGCGGCGGCGGCCGGCGCUACUGCUGCUGUUGGUGCUGCUGGUGCCGCGGGCCCCGGGCGCUGCGGACGCGCGCUGGAGCGGGCCGGGCAGCACCCCGCACCUGCAAAGCAUCUUCCUCGGCCGCUGCGCGGAGUACAUCGCGGUGCUGAGCCCCGGGCUGCAGGACAAGAACUGCACAGCCAUCUGGGAAGCCUUUAAAGUGGUGCUGGAUAAGGAUCCCUGUUCGGUGCUUCCCUCAGAUUACGACCUUUUUAUUAGCCUCUCCAGGCACUCCAUUCCCAGAGACAAGUCCCUGUUCUGGGAGAACAACCACCACCUUGUCACCAGCUAUGCGGAGAACGGCCGCCGUUUCAUGCCACUGUGCUAUGUUCUGUAUGGCAUGGUUGGAGAUUUCUUGAGCUGGUGUCGACAGAAAGAUGCCUCUGAACUCGACUACGAAUCCUGCCCUACGUCAGAAGAUUGUGAAAACAAUCCUGUGGAUUCUUACUGGAAAAGUGCAUCCAUCCAGUAUGCAAAGGAUAGUUCUGGGGUGAUCUAUGUCAUGCUGAAUGGUUCAGAGCCAGCAGGAGCAUAUCCGGCAACAGGUUUUUUUGCAGAUUUUGAACUUCCCUACUUACAGAAGGAUAAAAUCACACGAAUUGAGAUCUGGGUUAUGCAUGAAAUCGGGCAACCCAAUGUGGAGUCCUGUGGAGAAGGCAGUGUGAAAGUCCUGGAAGAGAGACUGGAGAAAAUGGGUUUCCAGUACAGCUGUGUCAAUGACUACCAACCAGUGAGGCUCUUAAUGUGCGUGGAACACAGCACUCAUCUUGACUGUGCCUUAAAUUCGGCAGCAACACCUGCGCAAAGAGAAGCCCCGUCCCUUUAUGCAGAACCAAGUGCCAGCUUUGUCUUUCCUCUCUUAGUGGCUUUGGCAUCAGUUGCUCAGAUGUAACUGGAAACUCAGCUGUUUUGCCCUAAGUGGCCUGUGGUCCUAAAACCUGCCCUUGUUCAGUCAUCCUUCUUGUUCUGUGUACACCAAGUGAUUCCAUUGUCUAAAGAGGCUUCCUGUAGGGAAAACAAUGGGUUUUGAAUGAUGUACAUGUUCAGGAUUUCAGAAAUUAAGCUAGUUCUAUUUAACUGGUUAAAACUAAUACAUUAACGGUUUGACAUAUAUGCACUACUCUGUAUAAAGUAGAUAACUAAUGAGAACCUAUUGUGUAGCACUGGGGGAAAAAUACUGCAUUGUACGUCAAAAACUGGUACAAGAGUGUAAAGCAAAUAUAUUCCAAUAAAGAGCUUAAAAAAAAAGAAUUAAAGCUAGUUAUUAUUUUCUUAUUUUCAUAAUGAUACAACACAUUGAGACUCAGACCGUUUG